CAAGACACGCAGCUUCAGACAGCGUAGACCGUGAAUCAAGCAGAGAUUUUAUCAAGGUUUUACCAGUUUUAUCAAAGGUGAAUCAGCCUCAAGAUGGCAUCCUACAAUCCACCAGACGGCUUAUCAAACGGAAAUCACGACACUGGGCAGACGACAAACAAUGGCUCAAAUUCCACCAACGGUCAUUUCAACGAUGACCGGCUGCCCCGGACAAUCCACCUGCAGACUCAAGACUUCUACAUGGACUACGACAGAAUGAACAUCAACAUCAGCAUCAGCGUUAAAAAAAGGGGCGAGAAAACCCCGCAGACUGUAGCCACGCAGACGGAGAGCCAUCUGUCGUCUGCGGACCAGCAGUCGCAAACAAGCGCUAUCGUCUGUCAGCAUUGCCACAACAAGAUCGGCCACUUGCAGACACCACCGACACAAAAACCUGACGACCAGCACAUCAACCAACCAGAGAAGAAUUUGAACCAGGAGCCCGCAAGAAAUGGAGCCGGGUCGAGUAAAAACCGAAAGAAAAAAAAGCCGAGCUCUUCACUGCCUUUGGGUAAAGACGAGCAAAACGAUGACGUGGCCAACAACAAUGAGGUCAGCCCAGGUCAGGGAGUGGACGCACGUUUGAAAGGAAAACUCAUUCAAAGAGAUAACAAUGACAAUCUACAAGAGGAUGCUAAUCAGAGUAUCACAAAGACUAAAGAUGCUAAUCAGAGUAUCGCAAAUACUAAAGAUGCUAAUCAGAGUAUCCCAAAGACCAAAGAUGCUAAUCAGAGUAUCCCAAAGACCAAAGAUGCUAAUCAGAGUAUCCCAAAGACCAAAGAUGCUAAUCAGAGUAUCCCAAAGACCAAAGAUGCUAAUCAGAGUAUCCCAAAGACCAAAUAUGCUAAUCAGAGUAUCCCAAAGACCAAAGAUGCUAAUCAGAGUAUCACCACAAUCAUGGAUGCUAAUCACAGUAUCGCCAUGAUCAUGGAUGCUCACCAGAGGCUCCAAGAGAAAAAAAAUGCCAAGAAUCUUGAGUCACGUUUGAUCGAGAAUUGUGCGGACACGGCGGAACUCCCCAGAGAACAUCAGCAGGAGAACGGAACAUCCAGACACUCGCAGCCUGUGAAAGAAAUUGUCGUCUUCGAUAUCCCACCACAGGCUGAAACUUUACAGGCCGUCGUGAACGGAAAGAAAGGGAAACGGGGUGGGAAAAAAAAGAAAGAGCUGACCUUCACGGUGUGUAAGCAUCGAGGCAAUGUGUAUCUCGGGGGGAAGAAGGGUCAAGGUCAAGCUAGCGACCAGAAUGAGCCGAUUGAGAAAAUUUUGAAGGAGAUGAACGACUCGUACAAGGAUCCUUGCCCGCAGUGCGAGGCGGAGAAGAGAAAAACGAAGACGGAGGCGAAAAGUAAAAACUCCCAACUCUGUGAUUUUGAGUUGAGCCCAAAUCAAACACCUCUUCAGUUGUCGGACCUUGUCGACGGGACCAAAGCUAAGAAGGGUCGAAGGUCAAUGUCGGAGCCGAAAACUUCAGGAGGGCAGCCAUCGCCAGCAGGCUUUAAACAGGGGUCAAGGACAUCAAGUUCGCAUCGAGAAUCAAGGUCGCCACGAGAUCAAGGACCUACAACCGGGCCGAAAUCACCCCCUGCCCCUAAAUCACCCCCUGCCCUCAGAUCACCGUCUGCCCCCAGAUCACCCUCUGCCCCCAGAUCACCCAAUGCCCCCAGAUCACCCAAUGCCCCCAGAUCACCCAAUGCCCCCAGAUCACCCCCUGCCCCCAGAUCACCCCCUGCCCCUAGAUCACCAUCUGCCCCCAGAUCGCCAGUAGGACCAAAGACCCCACCUGAACCAACAACUCCACCAGCGCUAGCCCACUUAGCUGAGAUCAUGCUACUGUUUCAGAAGUUUCCCCCACCUGAACAGGUUCAACUGCCUGGACUCUUGGCACUGCCAGAGCAAGAACCACUGCUCGAACCUAUUCCACAACCCGAACCUAUUCCAUUGCCUGAACCUAUUACACUUCCCGAACAAAUACCUUUACCCGAACCUAUUCCACAACCCGAACCUAUUCCACUUCCCGAACAAAUACCUUUACCCGAACCCAUUCCAAUGCCUGAACCCAUUCCAAUACCCCAGCCUAUUCCAAUGCCCGAACCCGUACCACAACCUGAACAAGCAAUGCUGCCUGAACUAAUGGCACAGCCACAAGAAAUUCCAACAAUAAGAUCCCGACCAAGACAAGUUCCAGGAUCACCGCAAGGACCGGUUCCCGGCUCACCACAAGGACCGGUUCCCGGCUCACCGCAAGGACCGGUUCCCGGCUCACCGCAAGGGCCGGUUCCCGGAGCGCUUAGAAGACCAGUUCCAGGACCGCUGCGAAGACCAAUAGCUGGAUCAUCACAGGGAUAUGUUCCCGGGUCACCUCAAGGGCCGGUUCCUGGGUCACCUCAAGGGCCGGUUCCUGGGUCACCUCAAGGGCCGGUUCCUGGGUCACCUCAAGGGCCGGUUCCUGGGUCACCUCAAGGGCCGGUUCCUGGGUCACCUCGAGGACCGGUUCCCUUGUCACCACAAGGGCCUUUUUCUAGAUCACCACUCAAAAGACCGGUUCCCGGAUCACCACAAGAACCGGUUCCCGGAUCACCACAAGGACCGGUUACCGGAUCAGUACAAUCUUCUGUCUCCAGACCAUUGUCUCUGUCUAUUCAAAAAUCGGUGUCCGGUUUUUCACCAGGAUUGGGACCCAGAUCCCCACAGGGACCCAGAUCCCCACAGGGACCCAGAUCCCCACAGGGACCCAGAUCCCCACAGGGACCCAGAUCCCCACAGGGACCCAGAUCCCCACAGGGACCCAGAUCCACACAGGGACCCAGAUCCCCACAAGGACCCAGAUCCCCACAGGGACCCAGAUCUCCACAGGGACCCAGAUCUCCACAGGGACCCAGAUCCCCAAGACCAGAAACUCAAACACUGCAGCAAGAAGACACGCCGAGACCCAAGUCACCGGAGAGGUCACCAUCCAAGCCAAAACUGACCCUCGAGAUGCUGGACAUUAAGACAAUGGAGGAGUACCAAAAACAAGGCGCCAGACCUAAAGUCUUCCACGCCAAGAAGAAACAGAAAAAAAGAUCCCCAAAGAAAAGUCCAUCCCCUAACAAAACCCCACCCCCCAACAAAAGCCCAUCUAGACCAACUCCUGCUGAGCCUCCAACAAACAUCGAGGACGCCGUGAUGCACUGGAAAAUGGACCUCAAAGAGCAGCUGGACGUCGUGGACAGGGUGAAGUACGUAGGCAAGGUCAAGGAGGCGCUGGACUAUGUUCGUUUUGUCAGACCGGAAGGUCCACUGCCCGUCCCAGAAGGCGAGACCGAGCCGAUAGAGCCGCCCGCGGAGGAGGCGCUCGCGGAGAUGUUUCUCAUGCACGACCUGCUCCCUUACUUCCAGCCCCCCGCCCUGCAAGCGCCCCCACAACUUGGGGUGGAACCCCUUGGGGUGACCGGCGCCCCGUUGGUCGUCUUUACCGGACCGUUGCCGUCUUUCUCCGACAUUUUGCAAGUCGCAGACGGCAAGAUUUCUGAUGAGACGUGCGGUACGAUUGAACGAUGCCGGGAUUGGAAGACGAGCAGAAAAUCUCCGCCGAAAACCCCGCCGAGGGUCGUGUUGAGGAGGAUAACGAAGGACGGAAGGUCGGACUCGCCUAGGCAUCCUAGGUGUGUGAAACGUAAACUGGAACAAAUUCCUGAAAGUAAAACGGAUCUAAUCGACGAACAAGCAGACACUACAACGCCUGGUUUUAAAAAUUCAGAAGUUGAAAAACCACCACAAAACGAAACAAAACAGACAGUGGAUGAAUCUACAGGAGUGAGAAGUCUGUUACAAGCUGAUGCGUCUGCGGUUCCGGAGAUUGUCGUCUGGCCAGCAGACUCUAGCGAUUCUGUGAGGGUCCAGGACAGCAAAGCCGCGUCUGCGCAACGGAGCCGGAAGUUAAAAGUCUGUCCGGCAUGCAACGGUGCCGGAUGCGGAAGCGACAACAUGUGCUAUUACGACGACUCGUGUGAUGACGGAUCAGAGGACGCCAGUGACGCGAGCAGCGCGUCGGAUGUAUCAGACGAGGGUGAGGACGCAUCACGUGAUCUGGGCAGCGAAGAAGCCCCGCCUCCUUACGACGAAGUUCUGGAUAUGAAAGCUUACAGCGCUGAAUGGUCGCAGACACAAAGUACGACGAUCUUCAACAAAUCACAAAGAAGCAGCCGACGUUACCGCCGCCCUGGACGUACGGCGAGGUGCUCGUUCUGCCGCCGGAGGAGGACCGUCCUGAUGAACUGCCCUCGCUGUGAGCUGGCCAAGUACUGCUCAAAGUACUGUCUGCUGGACGACCUGGCCAAACACAAGGAAGUCUGUGUUGUCAACAUCUUCUCCUCCCAGCCUGAGCGGGUGGCCCGACUGAACAACGCCGUCAACCGACUGGAGCCCUACAUGUACAAGUACAUCGAGAGCUUCAGCCUCAAAAUCAUCACCAUGUUCAGACACGCCCCUGAUUGUUACCAGUCUAUGAGCGGCUACAACAGGGCUUUGAUCUGUGAGGUGGCUGGACCUUGUGACUCCUACCCUGGGGAGAACUUUGCCGUCAUCCUGGCUGACGAGGCUGGUAACGAGACUCCUCUCGUGUUCUCCACUGACGAGACGACCUACUACAUGAAGGACAGCGACCACGCCGUGGAACUCUCCGAGCUGCUCUACCCCGGCCGUUUCGUCAUCCUCCUCCACCCCGUCUGGUGCCUGUUUGAGGACUUCAGGGAGGGCUUCAGGAUCACUGACCUCAGGAACUUGUUCGUGGUCAAAGACACGGAUAAAGUGUGAAGGGGCGGAGC